UGGAAGAAAGGGAACCGCUGUCAAGCACAGAGCAGCAGACGCCGACGACGCCUGAUAGCUGUAUGGUACAGUCACCAUAUAUUUAAUUUUCUUCAUAGGGACCGGCUUUAUGAUUAAGCUGCAAUCUUCAAUGAGUAAGCAUAUCCCUCAGUUCUGUGGUGUUCUUGGUCACACAUUUAUGGAGUUUCUGAAAGGCAGCGGAGACUACUGCCAGGCACAGCACGACGUCUAUGCAGACAAGUGAACUGUAGAAAUCCAUUACUACUCCACGAAGAAACCCCCUUAGGACCCGAGUACCAGUGGUACUGAUAACCCAGAUAAAAAGCAUUGAAUUCAGAAAGUGGCAGGGCACUUAACAGAGGAGACAAAACCUGGAUGGGAUAAUCUUCAGUGCACUGUAUUUUGGUGGCCUCAGUAUAACUGAAAUUAAGAAUUGCUACUAAGAGGUUCAUUCCCACCCCACCCCCCCUUAAUUAUACUCAACAUAUUUGCCAGUGCUGAGAAUUUCAAGUGGAGUAUAGUGAAAGUAAAAAUUUGUUUCCAUAUAUCCACAAUUUCUUUUACAAUCUGGUUCUGUUUUAUAUAAAACCUGUUUAACAAUGGCUCGAAUGAAUCGUCCAGCCCCUGUGGAGAUCACUUACAAGAACAUGAGAUUCCUCAUCACUCACAACCCCACCAAUGCAACCUUAAACAAAUUCAUAGAGGAGCUGAAAAAAUAUGGAGUUACUACAGUGGUGAGAGUGUGUGAAGCCACCUAUGAUACAUCUCUAGUGGAAAAAGAAGGCAUUCAGGUUUUAGAUUGGCCCUUUGAUGAUGGAGCCCCGCCUUCAAACCAGAUUGUGGAUGAUUGGCUGAACCUCUUGAAAGCAAAGUUCCGUGAGGAGCCUGGUUGUUGCAUUGCUGUUCAUUGUGUAGCUGGACUUGGAAGAGCUCCAGUCCUGGUUGCCCUUGCACUGAUUGAGUGCGGAAUGAAAUAUGAAGAUGCAGUCCAGUUCAUAAGACAGAAGCGCAGGGGUGCAUUCAAUAGCAGACAGCUGUUGUACCUGGAGAAAUAUCGUCCAAAGAUGCGGCUCCGAUUCAAAGAUUCCAAUGGUUACCGAACCAACUGUUGCAUUCAGUGAAGGAGAGGCAAUCCCUGCUACCUACUGCUAAAGAAAAGUGGAGAAUGGUGUUGAUGUGUAGCCUGUCUAAUGAUGAAUUUUAUAGACUUUUUUUUUGUUUUGUUUUGUUUUUCUCCAGUCUUCAGUAAUGGUCAUUAGGUGCUACCAUAGGUUAUACGAAGGACAUGUGUUUGGCCUUUUUUUUUUUUUUUUUUUUUUUUUUUUUUUUUUUUUUUUAAAAGUCCCUCCCCUACUUUUUAAGUUCAAUCAUUUGGUCUCUCCCAUAAAAUCAUGCAUUAACAAAUGUUUUGGAUCUAUUUUGCACUACCCUUCUUUCUGCAAAUUAGGAGCAUAAAAAAUGUAGGGGGCAUUGGGUGCCAAAUUUCCAGCUUGAUACCUGUCAUUCCAGUUGCUGAUAUUAUUUUCCAGAAGUGCAGACUAGCUUGACACUUUUUUUUUUUUAAACUGGUCUCUUUUUUUUUUAAGUAACGGUUUGGGGAUGGGGACCAGUAAAAAAACAACCAGCUGCUCAGUUUACACCUAACCAGUUUUAAAACUAGUGGGUGGGCUAUCUUUGCACAAAACACACUGUAUAUGGUCUUAAUAGUAAAUACCAUGUUUAUAUGUUUUAAGUUGCUUCUGCUACUAUUUUUCCAAUAUUAUCUUUUAAUCACAACCUUAUCUAAACAGAGCUAGCUGUACCGUUUUCUUUUUACUGUAUAGAAGCACAUGCUGCUUGUAGAUUUGUCAUAUAUUAAAGCCUUACAGUCUAAAAGGAAAGUGGCCCUCUUGGGUACAGCUAGAUGGGGAGGGAGAGGCUAUUUAAUAUUUAAUAUUUGCAUCUGAAAAAAUAAAUUGUUGCCUUUGUCUUGUGCAGGAAGUAUAUUCGAAGUAUGCCCUUCAGUAAAUAUUUUAAUAUACAAAUGCUUUGUUAUUGUAGCUAAGAAUUUAUAUUGUACAAUGAUCUUCUGAGCUUUAUAAUUUUUUUUAAUGUAUCUAUCAACUUUGGUUACCAACUACUGCUUUGUCUAAAAUGUGAUUUCUUCAGUUUUGGCUUCAAAUUGCAGACUUGUCUACAAUAUUUUGUAUGCCUUAUUUGUUUUGCAUAACUUAAUUCUUAGAUACUUGAUAAUUUUGUUAUGUAUUUGAAAUGAUGUAUGUUAAUGUUAGAUCAAGAUUUAUACUGUAUGUGGGAAUGUGUGGUGUAGUACUGUGGGAGAAGUAAUUUGCCAGUGUUCACAAGCUUGUUAUAAAAUCUGGUGCGAAAAGCUUGUACUGUACAUCUAAAUAAACACUGAAAAUGAA